GCAGUCGGCGGAGGCAGCGCCCGGCCCGUCCCGUCGCGGCCGCCCCGCAGGCCCCGCGUCGCCGCCAUGGCCAACAACAGCCCCGCCGUGGGCGCCGGUAACUGCCAGGGGCAGCAAGCGGCCCAGCACCAGGCCGGUGCCGCGCCCCCGGGCCAGCAGCAGCUGCAGAGCGGCGCCCCGAAGCCGGCGGCCUCCGGCAAGCAGGGCAACGUGCUGCCGCUGUGGGGCAACGAGAAGACCAUGAACCUCAACCCCAUGAUCCUCACCAACAUCCUCUCGUCGCCCUACUUCAAGGUGCAGCUCUACGAGCUGAAGACGUACCACGAGGUGGUGGACGAGAUCUACUUCAAGGUUACACAUGUUGAACCAUGGGAAAAGGGGAGUAGAAAAACAGCAGGCCAGACAGGAAUGUGUGGAGGGGUCCGUGGUGUUGGAACUGGAGGAAUUGUGUCUACUGCCUUUUGUCUGCUCUACAAAUUAUUUACACUGAAGCUCACCCGUAAGCAAGUGAUGGGCCUUAUAACUCAUACAGACUCUCCAUAUAUUAGGGCUCUUGGAUUUAUGUAUAUUAGGUACACACAACCACCUACAGAUCUAUGGGACUGGUUUGAAUCCUUUCUUGAUGAUGAAGAGGACUUGGAUGUGAAGGCAGGUGGGGGCUGUGUUAUGACGAUCGGGGAGAUGCUUCGUUCCUUCCUCACGAAGCUGGAAUGGUUUUCCACAUUAUUUCCAAGAAUUCCCGUGCCAGUCCAGAAGACUAUCGACCAACAAAUUAAAAGCAGACCCAGAAAAAUCAAGAAAGAUGGCAAGGAGGGAAUGGAAGAAAUCGACCGGCAUGUAGAACGUAGACGUUCAAGGUCUCCAAGGCGAUCCAUCAGUCCCAGGAGGUCUCCCAGAAGAUCCAGAAGCAGAAGUCAUCAUCGGGAACCCCAUGGAUCAUCUAGCUUUGACAGAGAACUAGAAAGAGAAAGAGAACGGCAGAGAUUAGAACGUGAAGCUAAGGAGAGAGAAAAAGAAAGGCGGAGAUCUCGAAGUACUGAUCGCACGCUAGAACGGAGACGAAGCAGAAGCAGGGAACGGUAUAGAAGCCGUAGUCGGAGUCGUGACAGGAAAGGAGAUAGACGAGACAGGGACAGGGAGCGAGAGAAAGAAAACGAACGCAGCCGAAAAAAAGAGAGAGAUUAUGACAAGGAGAGAGGUAGCGAGAGGGAAAAAGAUAGCGAUCGGUCUAGAGAAAGAUCAAAAGAAAGGAGAAGUAAGGGUGAUACAGAAGAGAGAAGACACAAAGAUGACAAAGAUGACAAGAAACACCGGGAUGAUAAAAGGGAUUCCAAAAAAGAGAGAAAACAUAGUAGAAGUCGAAGCCGGGAAAGAAAGCAUAGGAGUAGAAGUCGAAGUAAGAAUACAGGUAAGCGCAGCAGAAGCAGGAGCAAAGAGAAAUCAAGUAAACAUAAAAGCGAAAGUAAAGAGAAAUCAAAUAAGCGAAGUAGGAGCAGAAGCAGAGGAAGAACAGGUAGUGUCGAGAAGUCCAAAAAACGAGACCACAGUCCCAGUAAAGAAAGAUCUAGGAAGCGUAGUAGAAGCAAAGACCGGUCCCACAAACAUGAUCCCAGUGAUAGCAAGGACCAUUCAGACAAACACGAUCGUCGAAGGAGCCAAAGUACAGAGCGAGAGAGCCAAGAAAAGCAACACAAAAACAAAGAUGAGACUGUGUGAACUCUUUCAGAAGUGGAUCACAUUGAAUCCUAUAAAUGUUUGAUUAAAUCCUGCUUAUUUUUUCUUAAAUUUGAGAUUGUGCAGUAGUUGAUGAGCACUCUUCUCCAACCUCCCUCUAGGCUGCAGAUUGUCAUUUCCUAUUUUGGGUAGGGAAGUGCCUUUGUAAACCCAUUCACCACAUUGACGGUUUCAAACCAUUUGUUUAGUUUAAUUCGUAAUGCAGAGAUUGUUCUUGCAUUUUAUUGUUCAGAUGUUUCUGAAAUGUACAGUCUGUACAUAUGUCCUGAAAAUGUUUUAAUUCCUUUGGCAUGGUUGCCAUGUUGGUUAAAUUUGUAUGAGGCAAUAAACUGCCACUAAUUCUACUUUCAUUUUGUAGACGUGGAAUUAUGGUUUGUAUCCUGAAGUUAGCAUGGCUGUGCUUUACAUAAUAGUAUGGCUGUUUUAGGGAUGGAUCUUGAAUGUGUAUUAUAGCUGAGAUAUUUAUGUGCAUACAACGUACACGGAGGGCUGCAGAUUUAGAAUAACGUUAACGUCCACUGUACCUGCUGUUUUCAAAAGCUUUUAAAAUGUAUUUUGUUGUUGAUCACCACUCGUGUUAAACUGAGAGUGGACUUUGAAGGAGAUAGUGGUUUUGAUGCAAAGAUUUUAGAUUAUGUUGAGGCUUGUUUAGUAAUUCUUUAGAAAGGCUACCUCAAGCAGACACUGUAAAGGUUGAUGGAUGAGUACUGUAGCCAUCUAUGCAUUUUGUUUGGAAAAAAAAAAUCAUGUAAGCUUCCAUUUUUUUAAAAAACAAUUUAUCCAUUUGUGGUCUUAAUGUUCUUAAUCAGCAGCUGCACUCUGUCACUUAUGGGAAUCCUGGGCUAAUAAAGGCAUUUAAGAUGGGAAGAGGGAGGUAGGAGGAAGAAGAUCAUUACAAAAGAUUUCAGUUUCAAGCUUCCAAAGCAUUUUUCUAAGUGUAAACAUUUAAAAUAAGAAUUACCUGAUAGUGUCCUUUUUAAAGUCAUAUUUUCUACAAAUAGAAAGACUGCAGUUUGUGCUGAACAUUUCAUCUGGCAGAUUUUUUUUUAAACAGGUUGUUAGAAGCAAAAACCAAAAUUCAUUGUAGGGAAAAACAAAUUCCAUUUCAUUAAAGUCCAGGUUUAUUUGAUAGAUUAUUCUGACUUGUAUACUAAGUGAGGAGAACCAUCUGGAAUAAACUCUCAAUUAAUUCCUUUGUAUUGGGUCUCAGCUUUUCCCUGCAUGCUUAUUGCCAGUUGAGAAGUGUUUGUGUUCCUCCAUCUUUAAUUUUAAAUGAAGUGACACUUCAUGAAUAAGGCCUUUUAUGUAAUAGGUACCUUAUGUAGAAUAUGCAACUAACCAAGAAAAUGGAGUAGCCCAGGAAAUGGGAAAAACAUACGCGUGACUUGCGGUCCUGAAGUGACAUGAAGGUGGGAAUAAAUUGAUGUUUGUGCAUUUUUUGCUUCUGUUUGAUGCAGGUCAUCUAGGUAUAAUAUAUUGAAAAAUUAGUGUGUUUUUUUUAAGACCAUUUUCCCGAGUAUUCACUAACUUAAUAUUUAUCUUAAAUCCUACUGUAGUAAAGCAAUUCUUAUGUUGUCACUAACCCUCCAUGAGG